UUUCGUAUACUUGAAGAUGGCGAAGAAGGGCUCGAAGAAGGCCAAGUCGGGCGACAGCCUCGCGGUCGUCGGCCGCAGCGUCUCGAAGCUCGUGAGCGCCGAAGCCGCGAGCGAGAUGGAGAUCCUCAACACGCCCGUCAUGUCGGCGCGCCGCGACGACGACGCGCACGAUGACGACGACGCCUCGGAUGACGACGACGACGAGGAAGAGAUUGAGCGCCGCCUUGUCGAGGAGAUGCAGUCCAAGGCAGCGGCGGAAACCUCGGCCAUCUACAACAAGGACGCGAUGCUGCGCCUGGCCAACGAGCUCGACCUGAAGCAAAAGUUUGCGUGGACCGAGACCCUCGACACGUGCAAGGUGCCCCUGGAGCUCUCCAACGCGCACGACGACCUCAAGCGCGAAGUGGCCUUUUACAACCAGACGCUCGGCUCCGUCAAGGACGCCAAGGCGCGCCUCCUCAAGGAGAAGCUGCCGUACAAGCGCCCGGACGACUACUUUGCCGAGAUGCUCAAGUCGGACGCGCACAUGGCGCGUGUCAAGGACAAGCUCAUUUACGAACAGAAGAAGAUUGCGGCCGUCGAGGAGCGCAAGAAGUCGCAGGCGCACAAGAAGGUGGCCAAGGAGCUCCAGACGCAGAAGACCAAGCAGCGCCUCCAGGAGAAGAACGAUACGCUGGACGCGGUCAAGCAGUGGAAGAAGCGGAAAAACACCAACAACUCGGGCGGCACCGUGGUUGAGGACGACGACGGCAGCUUUGACAAGAUGCUGGACGGCGCCGCCAACAAGCGCAAGCGUGACGGCGACGACGGCCGCGACGCCAAGCGCCCGAAAGUCAACAAGAAGCGCGAAGUCGCCAACAAAAAGUGGGGCUCGGGCGGGAAGACCCGCGCCGACAAGAAGAACUCGAAGAAGUCGACCAACGACAUGUCGUCCUUUAGCCGUGCGCGCAACAACGAAGGCGUCGGGAAGCGGAACGCGGCGCCCAAGGGCGGGAAGCGACCCGGCAAGAUGGCGCGGUCCAAGACCAACCAAAAGCGCGGCCGCAAGUAAAGCUCCGAUUCGCACAUCGGCGCGUGGCUGCAUAUAACUUUAAAUAUAUCCUCUAUUCCACAA